AUGAAGGAUCUCUACACGUUCGAUUACAGUGUUGAAGAAGCUUUGAAGACGUACAACUUAGUGAAAGCGGCUUACAAAAACCUUUUUGAUGAGUUGAAGAUUCCUUACCUAGUCGCUGCUGCAGACUCUGGAAAUAUGGGCGGGAGCCUGAGCCACGAAUUCCAUUUUCCCAGCUCAAAAGGCGAAGACACUGUCAUCAGCUGUUCGAACUGCGACCAUGUCUACAAUGACGAACUCGCAGAUGGAAAGGCACAUAACAUCGAAGAGGCUCAAAAUGCCGGUGCUGGGCAAGUAUCAGGCUUCGACACGGGGGCAACUUCAACCGGAGACAGUCCAACCGUCUCAGUUGAUUUAUGGAUAGCAAUAUCAAGAGACAGAAAGACUCUCUUGCGGGGGUGGUACCCCAAGUUCACCAUGCGCGAAGCAAACCAAGAGCCCGUGGAACGCGAAGUCAACUCCCAUGCAGUCAAAUCUAUAGCUACCGCAGCCGGGGUUGACAUCGACCUUAGCGUAGAGAAUCCGCUUGAACAAUGGGUCUCACAGGUCGAGUCUGACAAGGGAUCCGGUAUCUCCGGCUCCUCUGAGCGUCCGCAGGUGCUGGAUCUGUAUGACGCACAGGCAAGAGUAUACAAGCGCCCACCUCUAAGUGACCUUCUGGAGAAGGUCAACCGCACUGCGGAUGAGAUUGAUUACUCCAUGCUCGAUCGCUUCCCUGGCACGAAUCAAGCGCUGAACCUUGUCAAAGUACAAGAUGGCGACAAAUGUACCAAAUGCGCAAAGGGUUCCUUGAAGACUCACACCGCUGUCGAACUCGGUCACACCUUCCACCUUGGCACCCGGUACAGCGAAGUCCUCCAGGCAUCCGUCAUGGUUGAUCGAUCGCUAUCCGGGGGCUCUCAAUCCAAAGACCAGCUGGUGCCCUUGCAGAUGGGCUGUCAUGGGAUUGGCGUCUCGCGCAUGAUCAGCGCCGUUGCUGACAGUCUCGCGGAUUCAAAGGGCCUGAAUUGGCCCCGAGCUAUGGCGCCUUACGAAGUAGUAGUCGUCCCCGGGAAGGGACUGGAGACGGAGGCAGAGAAAGUGUACGAUUCUCUCGUCUCAAAUCACACCUCUUCCAUCGACGCUAUCCUGGAUGACCGCGACAAACCGAUGGGAUGGAAACUCGGGGACGCGGACUUGAUUGGAUAUCCUGUUAUCGUCGUGGUUGGCAAAGGGUGGAAGAAGGCACAGACCCUCGAGGUACAAUGUCGUCGCUUGGACAAUCUACGCGAAGACGUGCCAUUGGAUCAGCUGCCGUCCUUCGUGCAGUCCCUACUAGAGCGACUAUGA